CGUUCACCAGGCAGCGCCUUCAGCAUGCAGCUCUAACAGGAAAAAGCCGUCUGAUGUUAAGAUAUGGAAGCUCCUAAACCUGUCAUGCUGCAAAUCAUACAGCAGCACUAUGAGAAAGCACUGGAAUGCCUGAAUGCAGGAAUUCUGGAGGAUAACAUGGGAAAUACAGACAGAGCAAUUGUCCUGUACCGACUAGGAAGACGCCAUGUCCUCCAGGGACUGGAUAUGGCCUAUGAUCAGAAUGUUGCUCAGCAGAUUCCAGUGAAGAUGACUGAAAUGCUGAACAGCAUCACCACUCGGAUGGCUGUAUUGGAAUCCACUUCAAGAGCCUCUGGUACCCAGAAUUGCUAUCCGGUCCCGAUCCAAUCCACGGCAACAGCCAGCACACAUACUAAACGAGUGGUUGCUUCAAAGCCUUUAGGUGGAGCUCCCUGUCUGCCACUCUCACCUGCCAUGGCAUCUGAUGUGCCCUGGGAUCUGCCACCAGCCUACACACCACAAGCCACUCAUUGGAAUGUUUCUAUUUCUCAGAGCACAGGGAUGACAUGUCCUUCGCUACCAACAGCAGAGCUGGUUUACCAACAUGAAGAUGUUCUCUUUUUCUUGCCCAAUGGGGUGCAAAUAUUCUUUGCUACACCAGAUGGGCAAGUCAGUGCUCCAUCAUAUCCAGGGAAUCUGCGCAUCAUCCUGAACAGGAGCCAGAAUUAUGAUAGUGAUGAUACCAAUGGCACCAGACAUCCUCUAGCUUACCUGCAGGUAUGUGAUUGGUACUACCCCCUGUUUCCAGACCUGCCAGUCCUGCUUAGUGACUCCGGUAUGUUCACAUUCCCUGAUACCAUGGCAGCAGUUCCUGGGUCCUGUGUUGGGGUUGUGUUGUCAGCAGAACUACCUGCAGCGGAUAGAGGUCUUUUUUAUGAGCACCUCUCCUUAUUUACACAGCUCAGAGCUCAGUCUGCAGAGAAUAAUGGAGCAGAUAAAGCAACAGGCAGAAAUAUUAACCUGAAUUCGAAGACUCUCAUCAAUCCUUCAGAUGACACUGCUUUGGGAAAAGAGGAGAAGAAUUUACCUGGAUGGAGUGAGAAGAUGUCACAGAGCAUCACAGCAGGGGCUUCAUGGCUCAGUCGGGGCCUUGUGCAUGGAGCAGAGGCCACAGGUAAUGCUAUCCACAAUGGAGCAAUAAAACUACGGGAACACAUCACACCAGAGGAGACACCAGCUGUGGUCAGCCCCAGAGUCACCACAGGCCUGCGUGUAACUCAGCAGGCCACUGGCGGAGCUGUCAAAGUCAGCCGGUUUCUGGUUAACGGCCUUUCAACUGUGGUUGGACUUGUUGGAAAGGAACUAACACCACAUGUCAAAAAGCAUGGCAGCAAACUGAUCCCAGAAUCCCUAAAAAGUAAUGAGGAUGCCUCCACUAACAUGACUGGAGCCAAAGUGGUGGCAACUAGUAGCUUGAAAGGUCUCUCAACCAUAUGGUCCGGUCUGGAAACAGCAGCAAAGACAAUUGGAAAAAGUGCAACCUCUGAGACGGUGCUCACUGUCAAACACAAAUAUGGCAAUCAUGCCAGCCUGGCUGCAGACUCUGCUAUCCAGUCUGUGACCAAUGUGGGAAUCACAGCCUUCAACAUGGACAAUCUAGCCCUCAAGGCUGUACUGAAGUGUGCAGGUGAUCAGAUGCCAAAAGCCACAACUGCAGAAGAUCAAACCAAGAACCCAGAAAAGAGAGCCAAGGGAGAGAUGUGUGAGAAAAAAUAAAGCUAGUUGCUCUUCUGCCAAUCUGGAAGCAAUCAAGCAAAGCACAAACAAUAUAUUUGUAUCACAUACACAGAUAAAUUUAAUACUGAAUAUAAAGUAGGCCUAUAGUAUGCUUCCUUUGUGAUUUAGUAGUAAAUGUCAUUGAAAUUUGACAAAUGUAAUAAUUGCUUUACAUGCUGUAACAAUGUUUUAAAAUAUUCUAUAAAAUUGUAUUUCUUUUCUCUAUCCUUCGCUGUCUGUGUAACCAGUUGUUAGUGCAAUUAUUAUUAAUUUGAUGAUGAUGAUGACUGUUGUUGUUCUUUGUCUUUUUAUUCAUGAUCAAAUACUAGACGUAUAAAUACAGUAUGCUAUUAUUGUU